CAUUCAGUUUCAGUAGACACCAGCCGACCACAGCCAACACAGACUCAAGAUGCCUUUCAAGCCACACUACCUGUUGGUGUCCCUGACUCUCUGCUGGUUCGUGGCUCUUCAAGCAUUCCCCAUGAACGGCUGUGCUGCAUGUCAGAAGUGUCGCUGCAUCCGGACGUCCUCUGCUUUCAUCUCUCCUAGGCUGUUCCACAGGAUAGAGAUCCUACCUCCAGGUGCCCACUGUCGUCAAACAGAGAUCAUCGUUACCAAGAAGGACAAAGCCACCGUCUGUGUGACUCCAGAUGCAAGAUGGAUCAACAAAGUCAUUGUCAAGUUACAAAGGAAGAGAGAAAAAAGGGAAACAGGAAACCAAACCUUUAUUACUCCCUUCAGGUGACCUGUCCUCACCUCCUGACCUCAACCCCUCCUUCAUCUAAUCCACAGAUGUCCAUCUGUCUCCCCUGUAUCAACACAUCGCUGUCCUCACCUCCUGACCUCAACCCCUCCUUCACCUAAUCCACAGAUGUCCAUCUGUCUCCCCUGUUUCACACUUUGCUCUCCUCUCGUCCCCCAACACAUUCCACAGCUAUCUGUCUUUCUACAGAGACCCAGUCUCUUUUACUCCUUAAUAUACUAUGUGUCUAAUCUGUCAUGUCUUUAAUAUCUCAAUGUUCAAACUGUCGAAUCCAACAAGUCCCUCGUCUUGAACAACAGCAUCCUAAUGUUCAAUUCAUAUAAACUUGGAAAUUACUAAUAAAUGUAUAAACAAUGAUAAUAAAACAUGAAUAAAAACUAACAAAUGAUUAGAAAACAUGAAUUAAACAAACACAUGAACAAACAACGAACAGACAGUCACCGUGAGGUGUACAGAUUCAGAGACUUAUGGCCUCUGAAUGUUGAUCACACAACAAAAUGCCAUUCCAGCUGAAUCUGCUGUCUCCUUCAAUGGCAGCUGGAGCAGCUUUUAGUCUCUCCACUUUCCCCUUCUGGUUAUAAAUAGAACAUAACAGUAUUAACAAUGUGAUAAGCGAUGCAUAAUUAUAUAUGCAUAAAAACCAAAGUCUGAGACCAUGACAAGUCCCACUCUCUCUUCACCUGACUCUAUGCCUCCAGGAUACUUUCCUGCCAGACUAUAAAGCUUCCUCAUGCUUACGCCCAGUCUUCCCCUUUAGGCCCCAGGUUCCGAGAGGUGUUCCCCAGUCUUCCCCUUUAGGCCCCAGGUUCCGAGAGGUGUUCCCCAGUCUUCCCCUUUAGGACCCAGGUUCCAAGAGGUGUUCCCCAGUCUUCCCCUUUAGGACCCAGGUUCCGAGAGGUGUUCCCAAGUCUUGUCACUUUCUCUCAUCUCCUCCAUUUCACCUGAUUGGCACGUCACCUGAUAUGCAAGGGCGUUGUCACGCCCUGGUCAAAGUAUUUUGUGUUUAUCUUUAUGUAUUUGGUCAGGCCAGGGUGUGGCAUGGGGUUUUUGUAAUUGUGGUGUGUUUAU